CUCCCGUUAAGCAAAGAGGCUCCAAUGGUCGCCAUCUACUACAAGGUCAACUCGUAUGUCUUCGUCUUGCCGGAGCAAGCUCCGCAAGGGCAACUCCGUUGGCCGGUUUACGCGAAGAUCACGAAGUCGAAGCGCGCGCGCUCCAGAGCCACGUACAUUGACUUGACUACGGUGGCCACGGAGAACGCGCCGGCGAAAAUGCUGGAGCUUUCCGUGCGGGGCCGCCCGCUUCCCGUGGUGCAGCGUGCGGAAGCUGAAGUUCACCGGCUUGGCCUUUGGCUUCGCCAGUUCGUCAUCUGCAAGCACGACGACAAGGUUCAUGUGGGCCAAGUCCGGGGUUACGACAUGGCGACGGAGUCUCUUUCGAUCCAAACCAUAUCGGGUCGUAUCGAGGUUCCCCGUGACAAUGUGCGCUCGUGCGCCGACGUCAGCGCGUUGAUACUAUGGCGGUUGUCGUCGCCCACAGGCACAGCCCGUCAAGUGUCACGUCAUUGGGCCGCGGCCGUGCGCAUGCAAGUCGCAAUUCGCGACCGGCUCACUGAUCUCGGCCGGACGUCGUCGAACAUAUUGGACGUUCUGGACGACAUCGUGCCACGCGACGCAGUGCCGCCUCCACACGCAAGCGUCGCCAUCGUAGCUCCAACAACGGGCAAACUGGUCGACGUGGUGGUGCAGCAUGCCGUCGACUUUGUCUUUUGGACGACAGCAGAUCGCCGGGGUCUCCCGCCGCGCGCCUUUGGCGAGGAAUACUGGGAGCCGCGGAUGACGCCCGACGUGGAUGACGGUUCCGAUGACGCCGCAUCCAACCGCGACGAUCCCGAUUCGGACGCGUCCAACAGCAGCGAGCGCUCGUCGGCAUCGCAGGGAGAAGACUUGGACGAUGCCUCGUCGGUGUUCUGGGGUACAAACCAUCAAGGCACACCCCAGGAUCCGAAGUUUGGGCGGGCGGACAGUGAAUUUUGGAGUGGCGCGACUGGCCCGGCGGCAUCAGCGAGCGGUCGCCCCGUCCUCAAUCAGCCCCACCUCUCAGCAGACCCUCGAGCAUGGGACACAGCCGGCGCGUAUUUGGUCCGGGCUCGUCGUAUUGCGGCCGGACGUGACGCCAAGCGAGCUAGCACCGAUUUUGUACCCAAACGCACCGAGCAGGCCAUCCAUGCUCUCAUCACGUCUGCCGAGUACUUGUCCUCACCGCCUUCCGACUUUUUCCGCUCGGUCCUUCACGAGGAGCUCUACUUCUUUCGCUAUCCCAGCGUGCUGCGGGCCCUCUAUUCCUUCAACUUUGACGAGGGCCAGCUCUCGAUCUUGCACUUUCAACGUCGCUCUGUGGGCGACAUGCGGACGUGGACCAAAAACAACCGAAGCAUUCGGCAAGACUACUCGUCGAAGGCUCUGCUUCCCGAGGCCGAGCUGGCGGGGCCUCCGAGCUCUGCCAUCGAGGGUGCAUUGACCAACUUAUCUCUCUACGCCGCGACGUUUUGCCACCGGCGCGUGCAACAGUUCAUCGCCAAAGGCAUUUUUACCGUACAAGCGCUCGUCGCGUCGAACGUUGUCACGACGGACACGGCGGACGACCUAGUGGAAUGGAUUGACUCGAUAUUCUCUCGGUUCACGGCAAACCUCCAUCGCGAUGUCACGGGCUCGUCAUCGAUGUCUUCUCACGAGGAGACCCACAAACUCUUCAACCGCGAUUCCAUCGAGCUUGAUCGCCUCUUCAAAGUCACGACCACACGCAAGGCUGAGGAGUUUGAGGCUUUCAAGGCAUCAACUCUGGCAACUCUCGAGCAACUCAUGAGCGCAUCCGAUCCGAGCCGCAGCGCGGGCGCGUUCAAAAACGACAAUGGGCGCGCGGGUCACACGGACGUCUCGCAUGAGAAGGUCGAAAUGUCGUCGGAGGUCUACAACAAGCUACCCAGGCAAGCCAGCAAUGGUAUCUGCUGUCGCUUUCUCUCCGCUCGUGGAUGCGACGGGUCGACCGAGUGCGCCGACGCAAACCGCAUCAAGCGGCCACACUGUUUGCCAACGAUGCGUUGUGGAAUACAUUACCAAGGCCUACGGUGGGCUCAUCCAAGUCUUUACCGCGUUGCCUGAGUCGGUUUGAAGGCGCCGGGGUGGGGACGGGAGCCCACCUGGCGUAGCAAAUUCCCGCAGAGGCCGAGCCAGUGGAGGUGCCACCUCAACCACCGCCGGCAUGGUCAUCA